CUUCAUGCAGUCAUGACGGAACUACAAUCCCAGCAGGAGGUUUUCUUUAAGUUGUUACUUUUUAAUCAGUAAUUAAUGUAAAUGCAGAAAACAGGAUCAAUAACACAAUUCAUAAUAAUCAAUAACUGAUGAUUAUUCCAUGUGUAGAAGAACAUCACCACAAAGUAGUGUCAGUCCACUUGGAAAAUAUUAUAUUUGAUGGUCUAAAAAACAUUUGACACAUCUGAGCUGAAGUUUGUUUGUGUUGUCUUGCGGACGUCCAACAGAUGAACGCUCGUCAAGAAGAACGUCCCCUUCAGCAGCAGGAGGAUCCACAGCCCCCCCACAUUAAAGAGGAAGAGGAGGAAGUGUGGAUCAGUCAGGAGGGAGAGUGUCCUGUAGGGCAGGAGGAGGCUGAUGUCAGCAAGUUUCCACUGACUGUUGUCUCUGUGAAGACUGAAGAGCAUGAAGACAAACCACCUGAGUCCUCACAGCUUCAUCACAGUCCAACUGCUUCCUCAUGGAAGAGCGUCGUGAUCAGCUUUGCCUUCGGUUCCGAACACUUCAAAGAAAGUCCCAUAAAAUUGUUCGAAGAGGGCCCAUAAAAUAGAUCAAAUAAAGAGUUUGUAAAAAUACUUAAAAGAGUUCCUGUGGAAGUUGGGCAGACUCUGCCAUCUGACCGUCUGGAAGUCCAGUGAACUUUUACAAGCAUUCUUCUUAAAAGGCUCCAAAUAAUUGUGUAAAUUAUUUGAUAAAUUACACAAUUUUUCUGACAAUUAUCUUCUGUGUUCUCUCCUGAACAAAACACUGUUGUAUCAUCCACAAAUAAUACUAACUUGAAAUGUUUUGUAACUUUACAAACGUCAUUUACAUAAAGAUUGAACAAUUUUGGUCCGAGUAUUGAUCCCUGAAGUACACCACAGGAUAUAUUUAGUGUUGUAGAAGUGUGUUCACCUAGCUUUACGUAUUGUUUCCUGUUGGUUAAAUUACUUCUAAUCCAGUUAAGGACCACCCAUCUCAUGCCAUAUCAUUCUAAGUUUUUGAUUAAAAUAUUGUGAUUAAUUGUGUCAAAUGCUUUAGUUAGAUCCAUAGACACUGCUGCUGCACAUUUUUUAUUAUCUAUUGCAUUGGUCAUUUUUUCUGUCAUUUCAAUUAAAGCCAUCAAAGUUGAAGUAUUAGCUCUCAUCGAGUAUUCUAUGUUUAUUUAUGAACUCUCUAAUCUGUUAUUGAACAGUUUUUCAAUGAUUGUAGAAUAAUGUGGAAGUAAAGAAACGGGUCUAUAAUUUGUAAAUUGGUGUUUGUCUCCAUCUUUAUAAAUUGGUAAAACUAUAGCUAUUUUCAUUUUGUUUGGGAAUGUACCUGUUUGAGAUGAUAGGUUACUGAUAUACAUUAAGGGUCCUGAGAUCUCUUCAAUUACCUUUUUUAUCUUUUAUAUAUCAAUUCCAUUACUAUCAGUUGAAGUCUUAGAUUUGCAUUUCUUCACGACUAUAACUAUUUCCUCAUGUGUCACAUUACUGAGGAACAUGGAGUUGGGAUUUAUUAAUAUAGUCCUCAGUUAAAACUGGGUCUGGAAUCCUUUCUUCCAAUUUUGGUCCAAUAUUUACAAAGGCUUUUAACUACCUCCUUUAUGUUGUCAUUAUGUUUAUUUCCAUCUAAGAAGUAUUGGGGGUAAUCCCUCUUAGUGCCAAGACACAUACUGUAUAAGCUUUG